UAAGGAGAAAGAGGGGAGGGCAAGUGUGUGUGUGUGUGUGUGUGUGUGUGUGUGUGUGAGUGUGAGUGUUUGUGUGUGAGCGCUUAAAGAUAGCCACGGGGGAUAUAGGAGCAGCACACACGCCUCCAGCCUGUUUGGAGAAACUCCCCUUUCAGCACCCUGGACAGAGGCAGCGACCGCCGGCUACUUGAGUUGAAGUGAAGUCGCAGGCUGCCGAGCUCACACUCAGGUCUGCUGACUCUGCUAAUGGUCAGACACGUUUCCACUGCCACCCGCCCCUCGUCUCCACCUCAUCUCGAGCUUAUCAACGCGGAAUCAAAGAGCAACUUGAUGAAUAUUCAAAGUUUCCGUUCUCGGUGGCUGACGAAAGGAGGAAGGUCGACGGGCGUCCUUUUUAACAUUUCUCAGAAAUCAAGCUGCCAUCGAACAGAGCUACAUUCACUCUCGAGAGGAUAAAUCUCCAGGAAGUUGCGGGUUGAAUCCUUCGUCCUCAGUAGCUUGUUAGGCUUGUGUGGGUUUUUUUUUUUUUUUUUUUUUUUUUUUUUUUUAAUCACAGGCUUGAGUCUUUCGGCGCUGCUUUCUUCCGUUGGAACAUCGGAACAUCUACAAAAUGUUGCUUGAACACCCGGGGUCAAGUUGUCAAAACACCGGAAACUUCUCCCGGUACAGUUCGGGCCAAGAAAUCCCAGUGUGUGCAGGCUGCAGUCAACACAUCGUGGAUCGCUUCAUCCUCAAAGUGCUGGAUCGCCACUGGCACAGCAAGUGCCUGAAAUGCAGCGACUGCCAGGCACAACUGGCGGAGAAGUGCUUCAGCAGGGGCGACAGCGUCUACUGCAAAGAUGAUUUCUUCAAGAGAUUCGGGACCAAAUGCGCAGCCUGUCAGCAGGGGAUACCGCCCACUCAGGUGGUGAGGAGAGCGCAGGACUUCGUCUAUCACCUGCACUGUUUUGCGUGCAUCGUGUGUAAGAGGCAGCUGGCCACAGGUGACGAGUACUAUCUGAUGGAGGACAGCAGGCUGGUCUGCAAGGCCGACUACGAGACCGCCAAACAGAGAGAAGCAGACUCGACUGCAAAAAGGCCACGAACAACCAUCACUGCUAAGCAGCUGGAAACGCUGAAGAACGCUUACAAUAACUCUCCCAAACCUGCCCGCCACGUCCGGGAGCAGUUAUCAUCAGAGACAGGCCUGGAUAUGCGGGUUGUGCAGGUUUGGUUUCAGAACAGGCGAGCUAAAGAGAAAAGGCUGAAGAAAGAUGCUGGUCGGCAGAGGUGGGGGCAGUACUUUCGCAACAUGAAGCGGUCACGAGGAAGCUCCAAAUCUGACAAAGACAGCAUCCAGGAGGAGGGCAUAGACAGUGACGCUGAGGUGUCCUUUACAGAUGAACCACCAAUAUCAGAGCUUGGCCUCACUAACGGCAUCUACAACAGCCUGAGUGAGUCCUCUCCAGCCAUGGGGGGCCGCCAAGGGGGCAACAACCACAGCUCCUUCCCCCUGGAGCACGGCGUCCUCCCCUCUCAAGACCAGUUCCAUGACAUCCGCUCCAACAGCCCCUACGGCCUUCCUCAGUCGCCGGGGUCACUUCAAGCGCUACCCAGACACCAGCCUCUCAUCUCCAGCUUGGUCUACCCCGACUCCGGCCUUUCUAUCAUGACCCAGGGCAGCGGGCCCGGGAUCAACCCUGCCGUGAGGGUCUCCAUGGGGGCCGCCAACGGCCCCAGCUCAGACCUCUCCACUGGCAGCAGCGGAGGAUACCCAGACUUUCCUGCCAGCCCAGCCUCCUGGUUAGAUGAAGUGGAUCAUGGGCAGUUUUGAUUGGUCAACGCAAAGAAAUUUGACUUUUUUUGUUUGUUUUUCUGUGUCUUCUGUUGGAUUUUAGGAAAUAGUCACACAGGACAGUGAUUGUGUAAAGGACUAUACUGCUGUCUUUGGACAGCAGGUCCAUUCAAUGUCUGUGAUCUGGAAAGGAGGAGGAAAAUAUCCUUCAUUAAAAGCACUUGGCCUAACAACUGUCCUUCAGUAGUAAAAGCAUAUGUAAAGCAAGAAAUGUUCAGUUUUCAGAUACCACUAUAAGCUUUUUCAGAACAAUGUAGAGACCACAGAGACUCAGAAAGUAUAGACAUCAACCAUUUGGAUUUUCACCAACUCCCCCCCUUUAUUCUCAUCUCCUCCCAGUGCUCUUUGUUUUCUACACUAUGUUCAGGUGCAGAAUUCAGUUCAACGUUCAGCGUCUUUAAAUGUCUGGUUGUUGCCAAAUGUCUAUAUAUAUAUACAUAUAUAUAUAAUGGUUUAUCAUUGUGGAGACUUUAUUUUUAUACAAACCCCUUCUUGGACAUGAAUAAGAACCCAGAUAUGAGGACUUUGUACAUUCUUAGACAGGGAUAUAGGUAAAAAUGUAGAUGUUGUCUUAAAUGGUACCUAGGGGUCCAAUUACUUCUAUGCAUUUGUGUGUUCUCAGAUGUAUCUUGUUCGUUUUGUCCUACCGAAAACAACUCCAAGGAAGAACUGCUGUAGCUCCCGGGGUCUGAUGUAUAUGUUUAUGUGGAAAAUGUUUUAUGUCUUAUUUAUUCCUUCUGGUAAUGAUAAUGAUGAUUCCUGAUUAAAUGACGGGACUUUAAUAAAUUUGUCACCAAAAUCAA